AUGAAUAAUAAAAAAUAUAAAACAGUUUAUCACAGUGAAAAAAUUAAUAGUUCUAAAAACAUUAAUAACUCACAAAAUAGAAAUCAAGAAAAUAAAAAUAUUUUAUUACAAUUAAAAAAUAAUGAAAUACAAAUUGAUAAAAGCCCAUUUAAAGAAUUAUCAUUAAAAGAUUUAAAACUAAAUGAAAUUUUUAUUAAAUCUUUAGAAAUUGGUGAUAUGGAUACCAUCAAAUUAAUUUUUUCAAUACUCCAUACUGAAGACAAUGAAAGUGUAGAUGAAAGUGGCAAGGAUCAAUAUUUAGAAAUUUUCGAAUAUAAAAUCAAAAAAAUAGAACUAAAAGAAAUUCCAAACUCUUGUUUAUUUUCUACAGAACUUGUAGAAUUAGUCAAAAUCAUUUUUUCUCACACAAGAGAGACUGACCUUCCAUUCCAUACCAUAGAUAACCCAGAUCUUGCUGAAUAUUUCUUAACAUCAAAUGUUUAUCCACUCAACAGUUUGGUAUUCACUAGAUCUUGCAUCAGAAAAGAUUUCUCAAAUUAUUAUUUAUUUGAUAAUAAUAAAAAUGUUAAAUUAUGUUUUUCAAGUAGCAUCAAAAAGUAAUCAAAAAUAAAACAAACAUAAAUAGAUUUUUUUUAGAAAAAAAAAAAAGAUAAAAAAAAAGUUAAAAAAAAAAAAAAAGAAAAAAAAAUAAAAAUAUAUUAAAUUAAUUAUUUUGCCCAUU